UCUUCUGCUGUUCUUAUCAUCAUUGCAGAAGCAUUGUAACUCAUGUAACAUGGAAUUUCAGACUACUGCGGCCGGUUUGAAACCAGGAAUGUUUUCCUGGUUUCCUAGAGAAAAGUUGCUUUUCAUUUUUUUUUUCUUUUCUAGUCUUAACAUUGUAAAAAUAACAUAAGUAGCACAAAUAACUACCACUUGACCCACUGUAGCCAUUUAUAGGGAUACAAUCUGCUGGAAAUAAAAAGAGUACGCAGACAUUAAAAUGGUCUGAAUAGACAUGUGACCUACCCCACAUCUCACCUAUUGACUGCUGGAAAACACCAAUUUCUUUUUUGCAGAAAUGCAAAGGUGACAAUGUAACAAUAACAACCUAAAUUUCAAGAAAGGAGGAAUAGGAGUCCAAUACAGUAUCAGAUUCUCCAUCAAUUUAAAUGCCCGUUGUUUUUUAUUUGAUCAACCCUGAAAAAAACAAAAAACAAAAAAAAGCCAAAUGCAAAGAUGUUGACAGCUAUAUGUUUGCUUAACGCUGAGGUUUUGAAGGAGGAAUGAUGCAGACCAGGAACAAGGAAGGACAAAAUCAAUUCUUUGUCUAAGUUAUGGCAAGAUUCCUAACAUGAAAUGACACGCCCAAAACGUAUAAAAAGAUAGAUGCUGACUGUAUGUGUCAGCCUCUUCUUGCAGCAGCUGGAAGUCCAACUUGGAUGCAGAAGGACAACUGUGGGGUUUAGGCUUAGCUUCAUUACAGGGAUGAAUAAGUUUCUCUGCCUAUUGGCUGUUGGUCUAACCCUUGGCUUGCAAUGCCAAGUGGAUGCCAAACGCCAUUUGAGCUACAGUUUCAUUGAAAAAUGUGUGAAUAAUGCUAAAGCCAACGUGGACGCAGCCUAUACAUACUCCCGUCAAGAGAGCGUUGACCGGGUGAAGAGAAACGCAAGCCCUGCCGAUGUCCUGAGACUUCUGAAGCAGCCCAGCGGACCGUCCAGAGAGGCGGUGCGUGCUGCUGAUUACAUGGACAACACUCUGCAUCUGAUCAAGAGGGCUCUGGCAAAACGUCAGAAACGCUCCAUCAAUGCCACAGACCUGAUCUCUGCAGAGGAUUUGACAACGAUUGCCAGACUCACAGGCUGCUCUGCUCAAGUCAGAAUUAUUAAAUGCCUGGAUAUUCCCAAUCUCUACAAGUAUCGCACAGCAAACAACACCUGCAACAACAUUGAAAACCCUCGCUGGGGUGCCUCCAACAUCCCGUUCCUCCGCUGGCUGCCCGCUGAAUACGAAGAUAAAAUCAGUACUCCUAAAGGCUGGACCCCGAACCUGAAAAUCAACAAUCGCCUUCUUCCCUUGGUGAGAAAAGUGUCGAAUCGUAUCUUGUCAACAGCUAAUUCCGAUGUGGACAGUGACCCCCUCUACACCUACCUGCUCACAAUCUUUGGCCAGUGGACUGACCACGACCUCACUUUAACCCCUAACUCUCCUUCCAUCAGGUCAUUUAAUGAUGGCAUUAAUUGUACGGAGACCUGCACCAACACAGAGCCAUGCUUCCCAAUUGAAUUCCCCUCCGAUGACCUCCGCGUUAGGGAUAACUCUGAGAAGUGCAUGAGCUUCACCCGCUCUGCACCAGCUUGUGGUUCUGGGAACUCUGGAUACAUCUUCGGAUCCCCCACUGUUCGCCAGCAGAUGAACACCCUGACAGCCUUCAUCGAUGUGGGUCAGGUCUAUGGUUCCGACCAUUCCAGAGCUAGUCUGCUCCGGAACUUCAGUACAGAUGGCCUGUUGAAGGUCAAUGAAGAGCAUAAAGACAACGGCCGUGACCUCCUGCCAUUUACCACGGGGUUCAACUUCUGUGCCACAAGGCAACGUAUAACCAAGGAUACCAGUGCUGAGGAGGUGCAGUGCUUUUUGGCUGGUGACGGCCGUGUCAAUGAAAACCCCGCACUGGCUUCCCUGCACACUCUGUUGAUGAGAGAGCACAACCGUCUGGCCCACGCCCUCGCUUCGCUCAAUCCACAGUGGAACGGAGAGAAGCUUUACCAAGAAGCCCGCAAGAUUAUGGGUGGAUACUUCCAGGUUAUUACUUAUAGGGACUGGCUCCCCCACAUUGUUGGACCAGAGGCCAUGUCGAGGCAGUUGUCCACCUACCCCGGUUAUAAUAAGAGCAUAGAUCCCAGCAUAGCCAAUGUGUUCGCCUCAGCUGCCUACCGAUUCGCUCAUCUGAUGGUUCAGCCCUUCAUCUUCCGCCUUGAUGAGAAUUACGAGGAACACCCGCAGUAUCCCACCGAGCUGCUGCACAGAACCAUGUUUGCUCCUUGGAGGAUAGUCUUUGAAGGUGGCCUGGAUCCAAUCUUGAGAGGGUUGGUAGGUCGUCAGGCUAAGUUGAAAACACAGAAUAAAAUGAUGACUGAGGAGCUGAGGGACAGACUGUUUAAAUUCUCUGUAAAACUGGCGCUGGAUCUGGGAUCUCUAAACAUGCAGAGAGGAAGAGACCAUGCACUCCCUGGCUACAACAAAUGGCGAAAGUUCUGUGGCCUGUCACAGCCAAAGACUCUGAAUGAGUUGGCUAAGGUGAUGAACAGCACAGAUUUGGCCAAAGGACUUCUGGAUCUUUAUGGUACACCUGACAACAUUGAUCCAUGGCUGGGAGGAGUGGCUGAGCCAUUUAUCCGUGGAGGAAGAGUGGGACCCUUGUUUGCCUGCCUGAUUUCCACUCAGUUUCAGAAAAUCCGUGAGGGAGAUCGGUUUUGGUGGGAGAACGAUGGUGUCUUCACAGAUGCUCAAAGGCUGGCUAUUAAGGACACAUCUCUGGCCCGAAUCAUUUGUGAUAACACUGGGAUAACUGAGGUUCCUCUAAAGCCCUUCCAGUACCGACCUCGAGGCUCUGGAUACACCCAGUGUAACGACAUCCCUCCAUUUGACCUCAGUCCAUGGAGAGAGGGUGCUACAGGUCCAGAAGAUCCAAAACCAACAGGUCGACCUGGACCCCCUGGACCACCAGGUCCACCAGGACCUCCAGGACCCCCCGGCACAGUGGAGAAUGUUGCCUUCUCUGUGCGCCUGGGUGACAACAUUCCCAAAUGUGGCACCCCCAUCCCCUUCCAUGAUGUAAUCUAUAAUGGACAGAACAGCUACGACCCCGAAACCGGCUUUUUCACCUGCAAGCACCCAGGUGUCUAUGAGUUUGAGUUCCACUGCGCCAUCUAUGAGAGCGCAGCCAGCCUGGAUCUGCUCCGUAACGGAGAUCUGGUUCUGCACUCAUUCACCACCCGCCAGAGUGGCUACAUCACAGCCAGCGGCAGCAUCUUCAUCAAGCUGAAGGAGGGAGACAGGGUGUGGCUGGUGGCUAACAGUGGUGGCAACGGACUCACUAGAGAUAGCUACUUCUCUGGUCAUCUGCUGUUCACUGAGUAGGACGGUGUUAAAGUGCUCGUCCAAUUGCAAAUUUAAAGCAGUUAAAAUCAAAACUUAAAAACUGAGUGCAUUCAAAGAUUAACAAUGCGUUUUUCGUGAUCAAAAUAUGUAAGGUGAAUAAAAUGUGUGUUGCUACUUUAUGUGUACAUUAAUAAACUGUGAUCUCUUGUG